CUGGAUCUUGAUUAGUAUCCCAGUCCUGGGUUCGCUACGAGCUUCUAAUCAGAUAUCCUCCCUCAUCCAAGAUGGCAUCAGUCGUUCGCAGUAUUCUCAAGAAGCCUGUUAAGAUUUCACUCAUACAGCUUCUUUCUGGCACCGACAAGGCUGCGAAUCUGAAGCAUGCGGCUUCACAAGUAGCGAAGGCGGCCUCGGGAGGCUCCAAGAUUGUCGUUCUUCCAGAAUGCUUCAACUCACCAUACGGAACCGAACAUUUUCCAAAAUAUGCAGAGCCAUUGUUGCCUUUACCACCGGUCAAAGAGGAGGCUCCCUCUUAUUAUGCUUUGUCGGCAAUGGCAGCAGAAAAUAAGGUGUAUCUCGUUGGAGGCUCGAUCCCUGAGCUCAACUCAUCCACCAAACAGCACUACAACACCUGUCUCAUAUUUGGACCCGAUGGAGCCUUAUUGUCAAUGCAUCGCAAGACGCAUCUAUUUGAUAUUGAUAUCCCAGGCAAAGUCACGUUUCGGGAGUCAGAAGUUCUUAGCCCUGGCAACAAAGUCACAUUAGUUGACCUUCCCGAAUAUGGAAAGAUUGCCAUUGCCAUUUGCUACGAUAUCCGGUUUCCAGAGCUUGCUACCAUUGCCGCUCGAAAGGGGGCUUUUGCUCUAAUCUAUCCUGGCGCAUUCAACCUCGUAACGGGCGCUCUUCACUGGAAACUGCUGGCGCAGGCCCGAGCUGUUGACAACCAGAUUUACGUUGGCAUGUGCAGCCCUGCCCGCGUAUUACAUUCUUCAUAUCCCGCCUGGGGCCACAGCAUGAUUCUUGAUCCAAUGGCUACCGUGUUAGCUGAGGCGCAAGAGGAUGAGGCUAUUAUUGAGAGCGAGUUGAACGAGGAAAAGAUUUUAGAGACACGCAGAAAUAUUCCUUUGGAGACGCAACGCAGAUUCGAUGUUUACCCUGAUGUAAGCGUGGGAAAUGUAGCAUAUGAGGAGCCAGAUUUGGUUGGCCAAAUUCGCAACUAGAGCAAUCGG